AUGGAAUAUUCAACGCAUGUAUUCAUUCAACAAUCACCUAUUACAGAACAAAAUUUUGAAUCGAAACUUCAAGAUAUAUCAGAUCAAAUAACAACAAAUGGUUGUAUAUGUUCGAAUGUAUUUGCUCCAUUUACAAAUCUUGCUGUACAACAAGCAGUAGUUUCAUCAAGACAUAUCGCUUUUUUACUUCAAGAUGGUCGAAUUUGUCGAAUAUCAUUUCGUAUACAAGCUGAUAAAAUUGAUUUAAAUCCAACGGAUACAACAAAAACAAAAGUUAAACAUGUGCCUUCUCAAAUAACUCGUUCACAAUCACGUCAAUCAAUUCAUCGUUUAAAUAAUUUUGAUCGACCAACAUUUGAAAAUCUUGUUUUAUCAUCAUCAACAUCAUCUAUUGCUCCUAUAACAAAUGCAAAUGGACAAAUUGAUUUAUUACCACAAUUACAAGCUAGCGGUUAUCCAUUAAAUCGACAACGACAUCAUUUAAUUCGUACAGCACGUGGACGAACUGGUAUUAUAUUUGGUCCACGACCAUUAAUUCCGGCAUCAAGUGUACCCGAAGAAUUAAUUGAACAAGUUCAAGUUGUUCUUCAAGGAAAAUCACGAAAUAUUAUUUUACGAGAAUUACAAAGAACAAAUUUAGAUGUUAAUAUGGCUGUAAAUAAUUUACUUGCACGUGAUAAUGAAGGUGAUGAAGAUUUUGAUGAUGAUUAUGUUGGAGCUGAUCUCAUUUCAUUACUUGAUGUUAAUCCACAUCCUGAACAUCCGGGAAUUAUACUUGAAUCAGAAUUUUUUGAUGAAUCCGAUUUUGCUUUACGAUAUAGUAAUAUUCAACGUCGAGUUGUUUCAGCGAGAAUUGCUAAUAAUGUAAAUAAUGCAUCAUCUUCAUCUACAAUAAAUUCUACUGUUGGUGAACAAUCAACAACAACUACAAAUCCUUCAACAGUAAAUUCUUCUACUGUAGUUACAUCUUCAACAACAUCUAAUGAUCGUGAUCGUAAACGAAAUCGUUAUGAUCCACGUUGGCUUGAUGGUUCAUUACGUGAAGAACUCUUCGGUCGUAUCGAUCGUGAAUUAAAACCCGAUGAUUUAUCAAUCGUUAAAGAUUCAGCUACUAAAACAAAUACAUCUAUUCGAAAAGAUCAAACAAUACAAUCUCAACAACAUCAACAUCAUCAUUCUGCACCGGCAUCAGUUUCAACAGCAACAACAAAUUUAACAUCAUCACAAAAUCCAAUUAUAUUCGGUGAUCAAUUACAAUUUUGGACUGAUACUAAUUCUGAUAAUAUCUAUCCACGCUUUACACAUAUAGCGUGUCUUUAUUCAGAAUUAAUUGCUAUAAAUACAAAUGGACAAUUAUGUCAAUGGAAUUGGCAUGAUGAUUAUCCAUAUCAAGAUUAUGAUAAUUCACAAAUAAAACAUCCAAAAACAUUAAUAUUACAAUUAUUUAAUGAAAAAAUUAUUAAUCUUUCAGCUAAUCUUAUUCGUGCAUCAAUAUUAACUGAAACAAAUCGUAUAGCAACAUGGAUUGAUGAAUCAUUAGGUACACAAGUUAAUCUUAAAUUUCAACAUUCAUUACAAGAAUUUUUAUCUAUACGUAUUAUUGAUAUACAAACAUCACCAUUAUAUACAAUAUUUCGUACAGAUACAAAUGAUUUAUAUUGGUAUGGUUUAUUACCACAUAAACCACGUCAAAAAUUACUUGAACGUUUAAAAGAUAAAACACGUCAUAAAAAUCGUACAAAUACACAACAACAAAUAAUAACAGUUGGUUGUUCUGUUUGUUUAAUAUCAAAUCCAUAUUAUAAUCAAGGUGCUUGGGCUUUUUAUAUACGUGAUGGACAACCUAAAUUAGGACAAUUAAUGGAACAAGCAUGGAUAUUAUCAAAUACAGCACGUUUUCGUAUAAAAACAUAUGAAUUUAUAACAAAUAAAAUAAAAAUUGAAAAUGAUGAUAAAAGUUCAUUAGAAAUGCCUCCACCACCAUCACCAGCAUCAUCAACAUGUAGUGUUGAUUCAAAUACAAGUUUUGCAUCAUCAUUAAAACGUAAAAAACAACAUACGAAUUCAACAACAGGAACAAAUCCAUUUUUACCAAUAAUUAAUGAUAAUGAUUUAAAUGAACAACAAGCACAUAGUAAAAUUAAAGAUGAAGAAUAUUGGCCAUUAGAUGAAGUUAUUUUUAUUGAAGAUUGUCGUGUAGCACCUAUUGGAAAAGUUAUGAAAAUUGAUGGAUCACUUGUACUUGUAAAAUUUCCAUCGAAAAAUAAUAAUGAUACAAAUGAUAUAAAUAUUGAUACGAAUAAUCUUGAAAAUUGUCGAAUUCUUCGAAAAGAUGAUCUUCUAAGUUUAUCAACUGGUACAACAACAAAUGCUGGUUCAGUAUCUCCAUCAUAUACAUCAACAGCAUUAUCAUCAAAAAUUCAAUAUCUUCAAAAUCAAGUAAUUCAACAACAACAACAACAAAUAAAUAAUUUUAAUUCAUUACAAAAUUAUCCAAGUGGAUCUAUGAUUAAUUCAACAUCAACAACACGUUCAAUACGUUCAAAUUCAAAUGAUUUUACUGUAUGGUCAUCAUGUAAAUAUGAUGAACGUGAAAAACGUUUACGUGCAAUAAAAAUUCUUCGUCUUCUUCUUGAUUGUUCAUUAUUUCAAGAACAUCUUUUAUCAUUACUUAGUUUUCGUAAUUUUGAAGGACAAACACCAUUUAUGUAUGCUAUUAAUUCACGUGCUUAUCAUAGUGCAUUAAUUUUAUUUGACUAUGCUAUUAAAAUAGCUAAACAUGAAACAUCUUAUGAACAAUCAUCAUCAUCAUCUGUACAAUUUUUUCUUGAAUCAUCUACAUUUGAAAAUACAAAAAUAUCAUAUCAAAAUUUUUUACUUCGAAUGAUUUAUCCAUUAACAUCAAUAAAUUCUGAUUAUUCACCAUUAUAUACAAUAUGUACAAAUGAUACAUGUUCAUUUACAUGGACAGGUGAAGAACAUAUAAGUCAAGCUAUAUUUGAAUGUAAAACAUGUGGUUUAUCCGGUACAUUAUGUUGUUGUAGUGAAUGUGCACAAACAUGUCAUAAAGGACAUGAUUGUCGUUUAAAACGUACAUCACCAACAGCAUAUUGUGAUUGUUGGGAAUUAUGUAAAUGUAAAUCAUUAAUAGCUGGUGAUCAACAAAAACGUUUUGAUUUAUUUAAAUUAUUAUUAAAUGAAACAAAUCUUGUUGAUAUUAAAAAUUCACGUUAUGAACAUUUAUUAUUAUAUUUAGUACAAACAGUUGGAAGACAAAUUAUUGAACAACAACAAUUUGUUCGAACAUCAACAGCUGCUUUAUUACAACAACAAGCAAGAAAAACACGUGAACAAUUAUUAAAUAAUACAUCAAUUAUAACAGGAUUAAAUCCAUUAGCAAAAAAAUUACAAAAUCAAAUAUCAUCAUCAGGAACAACAAAUACGAAUAAUAAUACGUCGAGUUCUAUAGAUUCAGAAUCAAAUAUUCAAUCAAAUAAUAUUCCGGAUCAUCAUUUAGAACCACCACAAUUUUGUCGUCGUGCUCUUGAAUUAAUGCUAACUGAUUGGCCAAGUGUUAAAUCAAUGUUAUUAUGUGGUUGUCCUGAUGAUAUUGAUUCAAUUAUAAUAAAAACUAAACAAACAUCUUCUUUGACAUCAACAUGUUCACCUAUAAUAUCAACAUAUAAUAAUGAAAAUAUAUUUUCCUUAGAUGAACAACAACAAACAAGUCAAUUAGAUCGUUUUACUUAUUUUCUUCUUGUUAAAUGUAAUACAAUUAAACAAACAAAUUCAGCAUCAAAAACUUCAACAACAACAACAACAACAACAACAAAUGAUCUUAUUGAUAUAUUAUUAAAUACAUUAUUACGUGAAAUAUCAAAUCCAAUUAAUCAUGAUAUAGCUUAUUAUGUAUCAGCACGUUUUGUACGUAGUAUUAUUCGUUUAUUUAUAAUAUUAAAUCUUCAAAUUUUAUCUGAUAAAACUUCUACAAUAAAUUCAACAAUAAAACGUAAUAUAACAAAUACAAAUUUAUCUUCAUCAUCAACAUAUACAAUAUCACAAUCAAUUAUUUUACAAUGUAAACGUAUUUUUCAAACAUUAACAAUUAUAUCUGUUCAUUCACUUAUACAAAUGGCUGAUUUAUUACUUUCACCUGUUCGUCAUGGUAUUGCUAAACCAAUAGCUAUGUUUAAUCUUUUAUCAACACAUACAGAUAUAUUACAAAGUCUUGAUGAAGUAUUUAAUAUUGAUUCAGAAUAUUAUCGUGCAUAUCAACGUUAUCCAAAUAAUAUAAAUGAUGAUUUAAAUGAAAUUAAUAAUGAUAAUACAAAUAUUGAUUUAACAAUAGAUGAUGAUGAUAAUAAUUCUGAUAGUCAAUCUCAACAUGAAAUAAUUAAUCCAAUAAAUAAUUCAAAUACAACAACAACAUUACGUGAAAAUCUUACAAAUAGUUUAAGUGAUAAUGAAAGUGAAAUGGAAUUAGAAUUACUUGCUGAAUCUGAUACAGAUAAUGAAAGUAAUCAUAGUGCAUUAAAUACAAAUACACAUAGAACAUCAGCAACAGCUGGAAGUGAACAUAUGACAUUAUUUUCUGAUGAUGAUAAUUCAGAAUCUGAUGAUGCUGAUAGUGUUAGAAGUGAUAGUGUUUUAGGUGAAGGUGAUGAAACAAGUCAACAUGAAACAAUGAUAUUUGAUGAUGCUAGAGAUACUUUACCUGUUACAACAACAACAACAACAACAACUAAUAAUGGAACAACUACAACAAAUGAUCGAUUAGGUUCAGUAUCAUCGACAAAUAAUAAUUCAACAGGAUUAAAUACACCAACAAUUAAUUCUACAAGUAGUCAUUUGAGUGUACCACGAUUAACAAGUAGAACAGCAAUUACUGAUAAACCAAUAAAUAAUCGUCUAGAUUUUCUUAAUUAUUCAUUAUCAUUAAUGCGUUCAAUACAUGAACAUGGUGAUCAAGAACCAUUAAUUGAUGUUUUAUCAUAUAAACAUCUUGCUUAUUUACUUGAUGCAUUUAUAUAUUAUUUUCGUGAAAAUGGUUUAAAUGAAUUAAAUCGAUCAUCAAUAACAUAUCGAAAAGAAAUUAAUAAUGAAAAUAAUGAAAAUUUAAAAACUGAAGAUAUUAAUGAUACAAAUAGAAUAACAUCAAAGGAUUCAUUUUUUCAUCGUUCAUCAUCAACAUUAUGUCUUAGUUCAUUAGGACCUGAUCCAUUUCAAAUAACAAUUGAUGAUUCCCUACCAUUAGCAUGUCGACCACAAUUACUUCAACCAAUAUGUCGAAAAGAAGAUUUAUUUGGAAGAUUUCUUUAUGAUCAAACAGCUGCUAAAUAUUCACAUUUACCAUCACAACUUAGUUUAUCAAAUCGUGAAUAUUCAAUACCAAAUUUUUUACAACCAAAUUAUUUAAAUUUAUUUAAUCAAACAACAAGAGAAGAUAUUCAAGAUAAAACAAAUACUAAAACGCGAGAUGAUGAUCGUAUGGCUGUUGAUGUAUUACUUGAUUUAAGUGCUGGUCUCGUGCCAUCAAAUAAGACUCAAAAAAGACAAUCAAUAUUACAUUCAAUUCUUUUAAAUGGUUCAUAUGAAUAUUUAUUAGCACGAUGGAGAUUUUCAAUAGAAUUAUUUGUCAAAUUAUUUUUGGAUGAUGUUGGUAAUGAACCUGGUUCAAUAAUAAAUGAAUCAAGUGGAUUUUCUGCACGUGAACAACGUUUUCGUCAUGAUAUGGAAAGAGUUAAAAAUACUCAACAAAAAGAUAUUCGUUUUGAAGCGAUGGAACGUGAUCGUAUAUUAUUAAUACAAAAAACAUUUCGAACACUUAAUUCAUAUUAUUAUCGUAAUCAAAAUAUAAAUUCAUCAUCAUCUAUACCACCAUUAGCUGUACAACGUGUUAAAGUUACAUUUAAAGAUGAACCUGGAGAAGGAAGUGGAGUAGCAAGAAGUUUUUAUGCAUCAAUUGUUGAAGUAAGAUAUGAAGAAAUUUUUUACUAUUAA